AUGAUGGCGGGUACUGGGGUGAGUGUCGGUGGGACCGCGAUGCUGAGGACCAGGCGCAGGGAUGUCAGCGUGAAACCGAACAGAAAACUCGACCGGAAGUCCUCCAGAGGGAUGAUCUACGAGAACGAAGAACUGAGGCUGAGGACCAUUCAUAUCAACGCUGAGGUAGAACAAGGUCAGAACGACAUCAAGAAGCUGCGCAAGGAGAACGAGCAGCUGCGUAGGGAGAUAUGGAGCCUCAGGGACGAGUACGACAAACUCGAGGAGAUCCUGAAGAGGCAGAAGAGCCGCGGAGAAAGCGAAGAAUACGAGAUUCGCUCCGACGAAGAUGACGGCCUGCAGUCGGACUAUUCCCUCGAGGAGGACGAGGAGUUCGACGAGGACAAGACCACUCAGGACUCCAGCAAGGAGCUCAACAAAGCUGAGCAGCUAGAGAACGCGGAGAACCAGAAAAUCUCCUCAGAGAAGAUGACCAGCAGCCUGCACAGACUACACGUGGACUUCGACGACCUAUCCGUGGUCGAGGAGGAGGAAGAGUUAAAGAAAGAAAAGGAUAAAACGUCCUCGGAAGAUGGCCAGCAACUGAAGGACGAGAAGAGUCCCUUCACGUUUCUGAAGCCAAGACAUCUGCACGAGAACAUCCCAUUUUACCCGGGCACUUACGAACCACCCGGACUGAGUGGCCCAAGUUACUACGCCGACUGUCCCUUUAAAUUUCCGAGCACCCUGAAUCUGAUGAUGGCUCCAGGUGUGCCAGACGUAGCUACCACGUGUCCCAGAUUGCACACCGAACCGUUGCUCCCAACCCUAACUGGUGGUAACCUGGACCAGGUCAACGAUCAGAUUCUGCAUGCCCCACCGGCAGGCUGGCAGAGCAAUCUGAUAAUACCUCAGAAACAGAUGACAGAAUACGGUGAUGUUGCUAUUCCUUCAGGAUUGGAAGCGUUCGGAGGAAUUCAUCGGGAAGAUCAGCAACGGUUUGCGCCCUCUGCAACCGGAUUUCCGAACUAUUCUGGAACAAUUCAGAGAAGGAACGUUGGCCUGAAGCAAUCAGAUAGUCCCUUCAACGCGACACCCUUCGAAAAUCAGUUUAACCCCGAAAAAAUGGUCGUUGAGAAUGGCUGGGGCUUCGACGUUAAUUUGUUGAACUUGAAUCCUCUACAGGAUCAAAGUCCCAGCGACUUGAGAACGAAAGAUGCAGAGGGGAAACCAAAGCACUUCUUUGCUCCGUUGCCGUCGAAGAUGAAGAAGCAAUCUGAGGAACCAUCGCCAACGGUUAGCCAUUUUGGAACAGGAAGCAGUUCCUGUAGCGGUAAAACUGAGUCUACAGUGGUGUCUAAAAGCCAGUUGAUGCUUCAAAAGGGAUCGGCUGAUAUAUGCGUGAAUGGAGCUGUGCCCUGCGAAGACAGUAUUCACAGGAAUAAGGUUGAACAGAGGACGUUCCUCAGCACGGAAAAUCUGUUGAUCACUGAUGAGAGAAGUAAUACAGGCAAUCAACUUAUGAAAUCCAUGUCAUGCCAAGAUUUGCCCAGCGAAUCCCAGCCUACCUCGAUCAGCACCGAAGGCAGACCACAGAUGAUGACUCAGAGCGACAACACUUUGGACAACAUAUCCGACUCCAAACCGUACAGGUCUCAUUUAAGUGUCACCCUAAAGAGGCCACAGUUCAAACAAACGGCCAGUCCCGACACACCAGAAAUACCUAAGCUACCUUCCAUGGAUUAUCGACUGUUCAAAAAUCCCUUUCUACGAACCUUCGAUCCAACGUGCAGUUACAAAGACCAGAACAACGUCACGAGGCCUCUAUCGGUUCAAGUAAACGAUGAUAAUGUCUGUUAUUAUCGGCCACAGCCUAACAUCGCCCCUUUUCACCAAGGAACCCAACUAGGCGCGAGAUACAGACCUGUCCAACCCGAUCAGAACCGCCUUCUGAUCCCUUCGAAUCAAUUGCUUAAUGGGAAACUGGCAUCGCCGGCUAACAAACACGAUAUUCAAGUGACCUCCUUCGAGAAGCCAAGUCCACACACCCUAAUCGGUUCGACAACUCCGUACGAACUGAACACUCUACGAAGACUGAACACCAACCCUUAUCUUCAAAGUCAGAACUUAUACCAAAACAUGCCCUUCGUUCCGAGGGGAGGCUUGUAUCCACAGCGGGGGAUGAUGUACUACAAUAACUUAACACUGAAGGUGCCGGUUCAGACGCAAACCUCGAUCGACGGAGAUUCCCAUCACGAGGACGAGCAAAUGUGUUCGCACGAGGAGAGUGGACCAAGUACACCAGCUGGCCAACGUCGGAAAAAGGCGAUCAGAAAGGAAAAAAUCGGAUUGGCCAGGGAACAGAAUCUUUCCCCGUUAGCUCAAAAGAGGCUGAAGAAACAGAUCAGCGUGACGUCGUCAGAUGUUCCUGAAUCCCCCGGCGUAAAGGUGGCCGGAAAGAGACCCAGAAGAUUAAGUAUAACCACGACCACCACGUCAGAAGGCCAGGAGGAUAAACACGAGAGCAGAUCUUCUUCUUCUGGCCAAGAUUCUCCUAAGAAGGAUCAGAUGAGAAGGGUAUCGUUGUACUUCAAUACUAAGAAAAGACCUUCUCUGACUUCCGUGAAGACUACCAGGAGUGGGAGCGUGGACAUAUCGAAAGAUAAGGACACGGCGAUGAGUUCGGAAAGGGAAAGGACAAACUCUAUCAGCAGUAGAGAUACUCCUUCCAAAUCGAGAAAAGCUAGCACCAGCAGUGGCAGUGUACCCUGGUGUGCUUGCUGGGGUAAUGGAUGUAUUUAA